AUGCUGUGGGCAGAGAAUGCUGCGAUGAAGUCAGAAUUUGCCAGCCUUUUCCCUGACGACAUUCCACAUCUCGACGACCUCCCAACCAACAUCUACCACCAUUUCACACUGAAGGAUCCGGAAAUAGUCAUCCAAUGGCGACAAUACAACUGUCCAAAAAAAUAUCAUGAAGCGUGGAAAGUUCUCUUGCAGCAACACCUCGACGCAGGUCAUAUGCGCGCAUCGGACAGUCCUUACACUUCCCCAGCUUUCCUCAUUCCUAAGGCUGAUCCCGAUGCACUUCCUCAGUGGGUAAAUGAUUAUUGUGUACUCAAUUCUAACACUGUACCCGAUAUGCACCCACUACCCCGUGUUGCGGACAUCCUUGCAGACUGCAGUCAAGGAAAAAUCUGGGGUAAGAUCGAUAUGAUGAACAGUUUUUUCCAGACUUGUGUACAUCCGGAUGACGUGAAAUACACUGCCAUCACCAUGCCAUUCAGACUAUACGAGUGGCUGGUCAUGCCACAAGGCUGCCGGAAUGCGCCUUUAACCCAUCAGAGAUGGAUGUUCACUGCACUCCGCCCUCUGAUCGGGAAGAUUUGCCACAUCUACCUAGAUGAUAUUAUCAUCUGGUCGCAAACCCUGGACGAGCACCGAUGCAAUAUGUCACUCUUUCUUACCGAGCUCGACUUCCUUGGACACUAUAUCUCCACCAACGGUAUCGAAGCUGAUCCAAAAAAAGUUGAGAAGAUCGUUAACUGGCCUAUCCCUCAUAACACCGGUCACAUACGCGCCUUUCUCGGACUUGUAUGCUACAUUGCACCCUUCCUUCCAAAGCUCGCUAAUUUCACCAAUGUUCUCAACCCCCUCACGACCAAAGAUGCCAAACUUCAUUUUCCGCAGUGGACAACAGAACAUCAACGUGCCUUCGAUAGCAUCAAAGAGCUCAUUUGCAGUCGCGAAGUCCUCGCCGUCAUUAACCACGAUGACUUAGGCUGCAACAAGAUCUUUGUAUCGUGCGAUGCUAGCGAUUUCCGCACUGGUGCAAUGCUCUCAUUCGGUGAGUCCCUUGAGACUGCCUGCCCAGUGGCUUUUGAGUCCUGCACCCUCAAAGGUGCAGAACUCAACUACCCUGUGCAUGAAAAGGAACUUUUUGCUAUUGUACGUGCACUCAAAAAAUGGCGUGUUGAUCUACUUGGUGUUCCCUUCACAGUGUACACAGACCACCGGAUGCUCAAAAACUUCUUCCACCAAAAGGAGCUUUCGAGAUGCCAAGCACGAUGGCAGGAGUUUCUUGCUCAGUAUGAUUUCAAGAUCAAGUACAUCAAAGGAGAGAAGAACAUCGCUGCUGAUGUACUCUCUUGCCUCCCUGCUGAUCUCGACAUAAUCGACCCACUCUGCCACGCUGCCACCGCAAUUCUACAAACUGCGACACACGCGCUCUGCCAUAUACACGAGCCCCCUACUCCCCUCGUCAUAGCCGCAUCCUCACAUCUCUCCAUUUCAUCCAACCUCGAGUGGCUACACCUCAUCAAAGAUGGAUACCAGGAAGACAAGUGGUGCAUCUGCCUGCAUUCCAAUCUCGGUGUUGUUGGGACCCGCGAACAAAAUGGACUUCUCUUCAUCGGUGAUAGACUUGUUAUCCCUCAUGUACCAAAACUCCGAGAAGCCAUCUUCCGCCUUGUGCACAAUUCUCUGGGACACUUCAGAUUCGAUAAGUCUUACGCCGCAAUCUGCAAUGGAUAUUACUGGCCCAACAUGUGCAAAGAGCUUGAGGAGCUCUAUGUGCUGGCGUGUGAGGACUGCUAA